AUGUCCAAAUACCACGAACACGCUCUUGCUUACAUUGACAUUGAAACGCAUAAUUUUGAGUGUGUUUUGUGUAUUGGUAUUUGCAGACAAUUUUACUUCAGGUGUUUACGCUUGGAUUGCAACUUCAGCAUCCACGAUCACUGCUAUCCAUCGCUGCCAUCGUCCAUCAAAGAUGAUUGCCACAUACAUCCCCUCACAUUUGCCGAUUAUCCAAUCAAGGGGGUUCCAGAUGAUCCCGAGGAAGAAGCAGAAUUGUAUUGCUAUGCCUGUGAAGAAGGACGAGCAUUCGACCGUAUCACAUAUUUCUGUUCAUCAUGCCACUUUGUUGCUCAUGUUCAUUGCGUGAUAACAUCGGUGAUUCAGCUGAUGAGGAUGCAGUUCUGCAUCAACUAGACGAGGAACUUAUGAGACUUGAAAAGGAUGUGCAAGCACUAAUGGCAAAAAUAGGAGAACUUGGAAAAAGACGUUUUGAGCAUAUUUCAAAGCGAACUACCUCCAGAAGAAAUUUCCUGUUGGAAAAACGAGAUCAAUU